AUGAUAGCAACGGAUACCUCACCUGAUGCCGCUACACACGGACAGCCUGUGCCGCCAAAAGGUCUCACUGCCAGAGACCUUUUUGCACUCGACAGACGGACAAUUAUUGUAACCGGUGCAACAGGCGGCAUGGCUAUUCAGGUUGUCAGUGCCAUAUUGCAAUGUGGAGCGGACGUGAUUGCAGUCAAUCGCGAGAUGGUACCGAGCACUCUUCGCUGA